GAAAUUACGGAAGUUGUAAGAUAAUUGCUUUGCUUUGGUUCGGAUGUUCACGGGCUUCCGUAGGAAACCGUACGGUCUACUGUGAAAACUGAAAAUAGACGUUCAAAAAGUGCUGCAAAAAUGUCGUCGGAGGAGUUCGAGAAAAUGCAUGAUAUCUACAAAAGCCUUUAUGACGAGCUGAAAGUGAUGCCGGAGCGAAUUUCUCGGUGUCAUGGAGAAGAAAGGAAGAGGUUGGUGAGAGACUUUGAUGAAAAGCUGGGAGAAGCAGAGGAAAUGCUGCAAGGCAUGGAUAAGGAGCUGGUGGUGGCACCUUCCUCCUUCCGGAACGCCAUGUCCACCAAGCUGCGCCUGUACCGCAGGGACCUGGGCAAGCUACAGCGUGACAUUAAGAGCUCCGACCCCAUUCUGGGCUUAUCUGGUCGGCCAGGCGACAAUACCUACAGCAUCUAUGCUUCCCAGAAUGAGCAAAGUACACAAGCACAGUCCCAGCGUGCCUUGCUGCUUCAGGGCACAGAAUCCCUUCAUCGUGCCACACAGAGCAUAGAGCGAAGCCAGCGCGUUGCUGUGGAAACGGAGCACAUCGGCACAGACGUCAUCGAGGAGCUGGGAGAGCAAAGGGAACAGUUGGACCGGACUCGUGACCGGUUGGUCCAUACGGGUGAGAACCUCAGCCGGAGUCGCAGGAUUCUGCGUUCCAUGUCUCGCCGAAUUGUGACAAAUAAAUUGCUGCUGUCAGUCAUCAUCCUGAUGGAGCUGGCUGUGUUGGGUGCAGUCGUCUACCUCAAGUUUUUCCGCCAUUAGGAGAGCUUGAGUGUUACCAGAGAAGAUGUCCUGCAUACCUGAGCCAGUCUUUUCUUGCACACUUCUUUGCUUAUUCUCCCACUGGAUCCUUCACUUAGCCAACAGAUGAGCUGGAAAGGAUGCUGAGCAAGAUGGCCCUCCCCACAGUUCCUUUGUCCUUUGACUGGAAUCCAGCACAAUUGUACCAAAGGAACGUGCAGUGCUGCCGGAGCCACGUGAACUGCUUGAUCAUGUGCAUCCAGAAUGCUUCUGGAACUGGUCCGAAGUGGUCUUGAAUCCUCCCUCUCUCAUCUACCCACCCGGUGCCGUGUGCACUGAAAUGAAGUGGUGUGCAAAUGCGAAGCACAUGGCUUUCACUACUGUUACAUUGACCCCUCUUACCAACCCCUUGCUGUUUAAUGAAAGAGCACCAGAAGUGUUUACCAGAUCAGAUGUGGUCAAGCACAAAGUGCUGCCUGCCUGGCAGCCAGCAGCCCGUAUUCAGACCCCUUGUGUGGCAGUUCUUGUCGCAUCUACACUUCUCAGCUCCUUUGGAACAAAAAUGAGGGGAAUGUAUAUAUGUACUAUGUUGCAAGCUCUGUUGAUCUACCUAUACAACCCACUAACCAGCAAAGCAUUAAUUUAAUUGUAUUUUUGUUUAGAAUAAACUAAUGUCUCUUGGGGUUGCCAUAAGUGUGUAAUGGCAAGUGUUUUCCCAUUUCUGCUGUGUACAGGAGCAUAUACUGUAUGAUGGUGUGUUGGGUGUCUCAGGGCAGAAUUUCAAAUGGCAUUCCUGUCUUAUUUAAUGACCAGUGAGGUGUCAGUUAGCCGAGUGUGGUCACUCCACCUACUGCUGGUUUACUGCAUUGACUCACUAAUCUUGGGAAUGCUUACCCUGUUGGGGAGGUUUGCAGCAGCAUUCCUAGGUAGCCAUUGCCAAAUGUUUUGAAAAGGAUGGCUGUUUCUGUAGUGCACAACUCGACAAUAUUAUGGGCAGUUUGCUUUGGAGUUUAAUACUUUGCAAAAUACAUUUUUUGAUAUCUGUAUGGUGCCCCUGGUUGACCUGCAGGAAUGUAAUGCACAGAUGAAGGAUACUUUGUAAUAUGUCUGAUACUGAUAGUAAGUUUUUAAAGUUGAUGGAGUUGAUGAUUUCAGUGUUUUAAUCAUAGCAGUGAAAUAUUUUCAGAAAUGAAUCUUUGCCACAACUGUUCUCCUUUAUUCUGAUGAGAAUGGGACAUCACAAAUAUACAGUAGGUUUAAGUUUUAUGUGGGGCAGUUGUAAAAUUUGUCUUUA